GGCACCAUGGGAGAGUGGAAAAAUACGGGUAACAUGGGUCCCGUGCAUAAUACGGGCAACAUGGGUCCGGUAAACGUGGGCAAUAAUGCCGGACUACAUGUAAAUGGUCCUGGUGCCGGCAACGAAUCGAGCCCUGGGGAUAAUAGCCAGGGGCAAAGUGGACUAAGUGGUGUUAGUGGGCUGGACGACAAAAACAAAGUGUACCGGGAGGUGGAGAGCCUAAAGAAAGUAAACUCGGCCUACAUUGCAAAAUAUUACGACUGGUGGAUCGGCGAAAAAACGUUCUAUAUCAUCAUGGAAUAUUGCCCUGAUAAUUUGCGCAAGAUCCUUAAUUUAAGACCGGAUUUAUUCGCCCGACAGUACGGGAAAACGAUGAACGACUUGGAGUACUACAUGUCGUGCGAGAUCUUCCGCCAGACCCUUGAAUGCGUGCAAUAUAUGCACGAAUUGCGUCCACCCGUAAUCCACAGGGACCUCAAACCCGAGAACAUAUUAAUUUCGUACGAUAGUGAGCAUGAUCGAUUUGUCAAGUUGUGCGAUUUUGGAUUGGCCGCCGUGCACCAUAAGACGAUCAAUAAUCAAGGCUCAAACAAGCAUACCAUAGACGUUGGCACGCCUGGCCGUUAUUGGCGCCGAGAUAUUUGA